AUGGCUAUAGUUAAAAGAGGAGGCCGUACGAGGGCCAAGCAGCAACAAGCUCCAGCUAAGGUUAACAAUGGUCUGGGUGCUGGUGCUGGCGCAGGCGGUGGUAUUCAAAAGGCUGAAUUUGAUAUCACAAAGAAAAAAGAAGUCGGAGUGUCUGAUCUUACGCUUUUAUCCAAAAUCACGGACGAAGCCAUCAAUGAAAACUUGCACAAGAGAUUUAUGAAUGAUACAAUCUACACCUACAUUGGUCAUGUGUUGAUCUCCGUGAAUCCAUUUAGAGAUCUCGGAAUCUAUACUUUGGAGAAUCUCAACAAAUACAAGGGUCGAAAUAGAUUGGAAGUUCCCCCACAUGUUUUUGCAAUUGCAGAGUCGAUGUACUACCAUUUGAAAUCGUAUGGCGAAAACCAGUGUGUCAUUAUCUCUGGAGAAUCGGGAGCUGGUAAAACUGAGGCCGCAAAGCAGAUUAUGCAAUACAUUGCCAACGUCUCUGUUGAUUCUGGUAAUGCUGAAAUCUCAAAGAUCAAGGAUAUGGUAUUGGCUACAAAUCCCUUGUUGGAAUCAUUCGGAUGUGCAAAGACCUUGCGUAAUAACAAUUCAAGUAGACAUGGAAAGUAUUUGGAAAUCAAGUUCAGCGAAGGUAGUUAUCAGCCUAUUGCCGCACAUAUUACAAACUACCUUUUGGAGAAACAAAGGGUUGUGUCCCAGAUUACAAACGAAAGGAACUUUCAUAUCUUUUACCAAUUCACAAAACAUUGCCCACCUCAGUACCAACAGCAAUUUGGAAUUCAAGGGCCUGAAACAUAUGUUUACACUUCGGCAGCAAAAUGUAUUACUGUUGAUGGAAUAGACGAUGGUAAGGAUUUCAAAGAUACAUUGAACGCGAUGAAUAUUAUUGGGUUAUCACAAGCAGAACAAGACAACAUUUUUAGAAUCUUGGCGCUGAUUUUGUGGACCGGUAACAUUUCCUUUGUUGAAGAUGAAAGUGGCAAUGCUGCAAUCAGAGAUGAUAGUGUAACCAACUUUGUUGCCUAUCUCUUGGAUGUUAAUGCCGAAAUAUUGAAAAAAGCAAUUACUGAAAGAACAAUUGAGACAUCACAUGGAAUGAAGCGAGGUUCAACUUACCACGUUCCUUUGAAUAUUGUCCAGGCCACUGCUGUUAGAGAUGCUCUUGCAAAGGGACUCUACAAUAAUCUCUUUGAUUGGAUCGUUGAGAGAGUUAAUCUUUCCCUUCAGGGAAAUCAGGGUCAAUCAGAAAAAUCAAUUGGUAUUCUAGACAUUUACGGAUUUGAAAUUUUUGAACAUAAUUCUUUUGAACAGAUUUGUAUCAACUAUGUUAACGAGAAAUUGCAACAAAUUUUCAUUCAAUUGACCUUGAAAGCAGAGCAAGACGAGUAUGUCCAAGAGCAGAUCAAGUGGACUCCAAUUGAUUAUUUCAACAACAAAGUUGUCUGUGAUUUGAUUGAAGCUACACGUCCUCAACCGGGUUUAUUUGCGGCAUUGAAUGAUUCAAUUAAAACAGCACAUGCCGACUCGGAUGCUGCUGAUCAGGUGUUUGCGCAAAGGUUGAGUAUGGUUGGAGCUAGCAACCGUCAUUUCGAAGAUCGUCGUGGUAAGUUCAUCAUCAAGCACUAUGCUGGUGAUGUCACCUAUGAUGUUGCUGGUAUGACUGAUAAGAAUAAGGAUGCAAUGUUGCGUGAUCUUUUGGAAUUAUUAGGCACAUCUUCGAAUGCUUUUGUCACGCAAACUUUGUUCCCACCAAAUCUCUUAUCAGAAUUGGUUGAUUCUAAAAAAAGACCAGAAACUGCUUCUGAUAAGAUUAAAAAGAGUGCAAAUAUUCUUGUUGAUACUUUGUCACAAGCGACACCAUCUUACAUUAGAACUAUCAAACCAAACCAAACCAAAAAGCCGCGUGAUUAUGAUAACCAACAGGUAUUGCACCAAAUCAAGUAUUUGGGAUUGAAGGAGAAUGUUAGGAUUCGUAGAGCUGGUUUUGCAUAUCGUUCUACAUUUCAAAGAUUUGUUCAGAGAUUUUAUUUGCUUUCACCGGCGACUGGUUAUGCUGGUGACUACAUUUGGCAAGGUGACGAUCUCACUGCAGUUAAAGAGAUCUUGAGAGCUUGUCAUAUCCCAACUUCCGAGUACCAGUUGGGUACCACAAAGGUAUUUAUCAAAACCCCUGAAACAUUAUUUGCAUUGGAAGAUAUGAGAGACAAAUAUUGGCACAAUAUGGCUGCCAGAAUUCAAAGGGCUUGGAGAAGGUACAUUAAACGUAAGGAAGAUGCCGCCAAAACGAUCCAAAGAGCAUGGAGAAUGAAAAAUCAUGGAAACCAGUUUGAACAGUUUAGAGAUUAUGGAAAUUCUUUGCUUCAAGGUAGGAAAGAGCGUAGAAGGUUUUCGAUGUUGGGCUCGCGUGCUUACAUGGGAGAUUAUUUGGCAUGCAAUGACAAGACUGGAUUCGGUAGAUUUGUUGUAAACCAAGUUGGAAUCAAGGAGCCAGUCGUGUUUUCUGCCAAGGGAGUAAUUUUGCUUUCCAAAUUCGGAAGGUCCUCGAAGCGGUUCCCACGUAUAUUUGUUUUAACCAAGUCCAAUCUUUACAUUAUUGCGGAAGUUUUGGUUGAAAAAAGAUUGCAGUUGCAAAGAGAGUUUGCACUUCCUGUUCAUCUGAUCAAAAGUGUAGGACUUUCACAAUUACAGGAUAAUUGGGUGGCUGUGUGUUUACUGUCACCCACCACCACAACACCUGAUGUUUUCAUUAAUUUGGAUUUCAAAACUGAGUUGGUUGCCCAAUUAAAGAAAUUAAACUCAGGUUUAUCAAUCCUUAUUGGUCCAACCGUGCAGUACCAAAAGAAGCCUGGUAAAUACCAAACCGUGAAAUUUGCCAUUGGCUCGGGCCCUCAUAUUCCACCUUUAAUUGACUCUUACAAGUCAGGAACUGUUACUGUGAAUCAGGGCUUGCCACCAACUAGCAAGAACCCUAAAAGACCAAGAGCAAAACUGGGUAAAGUAGACUAUUCCAAAUACUACAAUCGUGGAGUUAGGUCUCUGGCACAGCCAGCUUUUCAAUCACAGCCGACAGCUAGCUACAGGAGUGAACCAGCAUACCCUCAGCCAACAACUCAGCUGUAUGCUACACAACACCAACCACAACAACCACAAGUUCCAACGCGCACUGCAUCGCGGAAAGCACCUCCCCCUGCUCCAAGUACACAAACUGCUGCUCAAGUUUCCACGCUGCCACAAGCUGCUCGCAAACCUGCUGCACCAGCAAGACCAGCAAAGAAAAUUGCACCCCAACCACCAGUCAAAAAAGCGGUUUCGCCCCAACCACCAGCCAAGAAAACAGUUGCUGCUCCACCCCCACCUCCACCUCCACCUGCUUUGUCGAAACCAAAACACCCAACCUACAGGGCUAUGUAUGAUUAUGAUGGUUCGGUUGCUGGGUCUGUGCCAUUAGUUAAGGACACUAUCUACUAUGUGCUUCAAAUUAAUGGAAAAUGGGGAUUAGUAAAGACUAUGGAUGAAACUCAAGAAGGAUGGUCUCCUAUAGAUUAUCUUCAAGAGGAGUCUUCUCCUUCUGCUAGUGCCGCUACACAAUCCUAUGCUCCUACGACAGCCUCAUCAAACCCAGUGAGCACUGCUAGCUCCAACACGUAUACAAACACUACCCAGGCAACAACCAUGCUGAAUGGUAGCUUGGGCAAUGGUUUGGCAGAUGCCUUGAAAGCCAAGAAGAGUGAGGAAACUACAUUGGCGGGGUCUUUGGCAGAUGCAUUAAAGAAAAGACAAGGUGUCACUAGAGAUGACAGUGAUGCAGAGGAUGAUGAUGAUGACGAUGACUGGUGA